UAUCAUCAGAAUAUCUCUCAAAAAUCAAAAUGAACUACAAAAAAGGUCCGAUCAUAGGCCGUGGCUCGACCGCGACUGUCUUGAGGGCCACCACCGUGACCGGGGGCCUAGUUGCGGUCAAGUCCACCGAGCUUUCUAGCUCACACUUCUUACAAAAAGAGCAACAACUUCUAUCAAAAUUAAGUUCACCACAUGUAAUAAAAUACAUCGGGUCUGAUAUCGAUUAUACAAUCGAUAACAACCCGAUGUAUAACUUGGUAAUGGAGUAUGCAAAUGGUGGGAGCCUUUUAGAUGUGAUCAAAAGUGGAGGAGGAUGUGUUGAUGAGUGUUUGAUAAAAUCUUAUACUUAUCAAAUACUACUUGGUUUGGAUUAUAUUCAUUCCAAUAAUUUAGUACAUUGUGACAUUAAAUGUUCCAAUAUUUUGGUUUGUGACAAGAAUGUUGUCAAAAUUGGUGAUUUUGGUUGUGCCAAAUAUGUUGGAGAACACACAUCCUCUGUAUUUUCGGGUACUCCGGUUUUUAUGGCUCCUGAAGUGGCACGAGGAGAAGAGCAAAUGUUUGGGGCUGAUGUUUGGGCAGUUGGGUGUGCGGUUGUUGAAAUGGCAACGGGUCGUAACCCGUGGCCCGAGUUAAAUAACCCGGUUUCUGCUCUGUAUAGAAUCGGGUAUUCGGAUGAUAUACCUUUUUUCCCAAUGUGGUUAUCGUUUGAAUGUCAAGAUUUCUUGAAGAAAUGUUUGCAAAGAAAAGUUGAAGAAAGAUGGACUGUGAAAGAGCUUUUGGAACACCCUUUUGUUAGCUCUAAAUCUUGUUUUGAAAAGAUUGAAAAUUUUUCGAAAAAUAAUUCUCCAGUUAGUAACUUGGAUCAAGGAUUUUGGGAUUCUUUGGAAGAGACGGAUUCUUCACCAGAAAGUGUCUCGGGCCAGUCUCCCAUGGAGAGAAUAAGACAAUUGGUAGAAACAAGUCCAUCUUGUUUGCCAAAUUGGGUUGAAGAAAAUGAUUGGAUCGCGGUUAGAAUAAGUCAUAUCGACGAAAUCGCAAAGAUUUCGGAGCAUGAUUUAUAUACGGAUGUAGACGUGGAAGAUAAUGAGGAUAUCGAUUUAAGUCAUACAUACUCGAUUUCGGGUUUAGAAAUUGAUGUAUUAGAAGAGAUGUCAAACUCCUUUAUGGUUAUGGUAGGAUCUGAUGUAGAUGAAACUAGUAGUGCAAUUGUAGUUGCUCCAAGCUUUCUUGAUUGUAAGAACAUGAUUAAUGAUAAUCGUUUGCAAAUUGAUUCAAUUCUAAGAUGCUUUUACAUUGUUUAUUUAGAGAACAAGUCGCACAUUGGAAAUGACCGAACCACCCACUUUGUAAUUUGUUCGUGUUCUGUUGUGGAUAAACAAGUCGAAAAUCUGCUUAAAACAUAA